GUUGUUUGCUCCACCUCUAUCGUUUUUCGUAAUAUUUUCCACAAGCGAGUGGAAAAAGUAAACUACGUAGUAUAACUAGUAAGUUAAAUAACAACAAAAUAUAUGCGGGAGAUUCGCUUAAUAUAACAGCAGUGGACGCGUAAAAUAUAAGUGUGGUGCAGAGUCUCCAUCAUGUCCAUGUUAACGCGUAGUACCGCUCCCGGUUCGCCAAAAGCUUUACAUCGUUUCCAAAAUUGUAUUGCUUUUCUUUGGCCGUCACUUCAUUCUGCACCAACCCAAACACAAACACAUUCAUUACAACGGAAAUCAACACAAAUGGAUCCCAUUGAUUGCUUAACUAAUGAAUUAGUGAAUCGCAAUUCAAAGAAGUGGGAUAAGUUGAGAUACUCGUUUAAUAAGAAAACAAAUAAAAGUGAAUUAAACUCAGGUUCUUUUAGCGAAUGCAAUGACAUUGCCUCGACCAGUUUUGGUCAGAAUGUAAAAAUUUUGUCCAAAGGGGUUGUGAGUGACUUGCAGUCUAUUCGUGCGCCGCAAUUGGGUCUAGAUAUACGUUCGUUGUCUCAAGCACAGCUAGACAAUUUAUUGUUAUCAACUGUAGAAAUAAGAAAUAAACCCGAUUUUCUAUACCUAAUUCGGGAGUGCGUCCAUCAUCAGCAGCUACCAUCGAAUGAAGUGCUAGUGGAUUGCCUUAAAUACCUCAUGCAAUUGUGUCACUUUCAACAGAUCGAAUCAUUGGCAGAUCUGUGUAAAUUACAUGCGCAUCCCCUACUUAAAGUGUAUGCCAACUUUGCACCCUUCAAAGCGAUGGCCAUCUGGCGUAGCGGUUGUGCAGAUAUAGCAUUGAUGACUUUGCAUCGCGGCUAUAGCGAUUGCGCGGGAACAGAUGAGGGCCGUAGAAUGGCGCGCUAUGUGUUUCGUAUCAUCAUUGAAGAUACAUUAGCGCUGAAGAGCGAAGCCGUUUUGGUUUCCCUACUCUACGUGGCACGUUCAAUAUACACGGAGCUAAAGGAUAUCUUUGUUGUAGCGUGCGUGUGGAAGCAAUGUUUCGCUAGUGAUUGGUUUUGCGAUCAGGAAUCGGCGGCUGACCUAUACGAAAAUUACACAGAAUUGCAACACCUCGUAGCCAGGCGAUCGAGUUCGCUUUGCUCAUCAUUUCUACGAGCAAAUAAUGUGGAUGCUGUGCAUCGGCUUAUUGAAUUGUUUUUAGAAAAAGAACAGCGAGAGGCGUGCGCUAUCUGUCUCGGUCAAUUAUUUAAUUAUCAAUAUUUGCGAAAUGAUUUGCGUGCUUGCGCUGAGGUAGUGAAGUCCUGCAACGCGUUGGAUAUGCCACUAAAUGAAAUUCAAAACGAGCAGUUUUUGAGUUUGUUCCUAAAUCAGCCGGCCACAGCUGCUACACGAAAACCAAUUAAAGAGUUUCAAUAUAAGUUUUAAAAGCUCGAAGGCUAUAAGUUAUCGCCAGAUAUCUCAACAGUUCUGGAAUCAUAUGUCAAGAGUUCUGGGUCUAUCUGUCGAUAUUUUUUAAAUAAGUUAAUCAAACUCUAGUGUUGAUCUUUGAAAAGAGCGGUCAUUCAUAUUCACGUCAUACUUGAAAAUACUUAUGUCUAUCGCAAUAUUACACAUACAAUGAUUCAUUAU